AUGUUUUUCUUUCUGGAUGUUGAAUCAGUUGCAUUUUUACGCUCCCCAUUUUUUUUAUUCCUUUUGGGCUGCUCGCAGGCGUUGAUGGAUACCCUCGCAUUCCGCGUGGUGCGGCCAAUGAACGGGCUUACAGAGCUUGCCCUUCUCAAGCAUUUUGGACGGCACUACGAGCACUUCACGCCCUUUAAUUCCAAACUCAUUCAACGAUAUGCCUUACUAAAUUACGUAGACCAUCGUGCUAUGCUUGAGCUGCUUACUCAAAAGGCCCGUCGACCACUUGCACCCCAGUCAUUUGGAGGGCUCCGUCAGACGCUGCAGGCUGUUCAACGUUUUCCGCUGGAACUUAAUAAUGAAAAGAAAAAAUUUGAAACCGUGUUUCUAGCCUCCGUACUGGAAACCCCAAUGCAUUCCCUUUCCUCAGCUGAAUACGGGGCGCUGUGGUCUCUGGCCACUCAGGUGACGGAGUGGAAAGAUGUAUUGGCGCUAUCUGAUACAUUUCCCAUGCAAAGCACACUUCAACACCAGAGCAGAAGCGAGUUCCGUGCGCUACUAGAUCAAAUGUUUACCACGCUCCCAUCAACAAUCUCCCCUUCCAACACCCCUGCCGUUGGUGAAACAACAUCUGAAAAAGAAUGGGAGCGGGAAAUGUCGCGUCCCUUUCGGUUACUGACCGAGUUGAUCGGGGGGGAGUGUGCCGUGGGACGAAUUCUUGACGACAUCGCACAGUCGGUUGCCAGCUGGUCGGAUCGUGAGGCCGCAGUGCCAACGUUUGUAGGUGUUGUGCAUACGCUUAAUCGAUGGCCGGAUGGGCAAAUACCAGAUGAAAAGGCAUGGGAUCAAUUAAUACUUCGUGUGUCAACGCUGCAAACCUCGGACCUGAACCAGUUACUCCGACUGCUCACUAGGGUUCACAGCCCCAUUGUACCCAGCUACGUUCGCGAUUCCCUCAAUGAUGCUCUCUGUGCUGAUUUGUGGCGUUGCUAUUUGGAACAACCAAACGAGCCCGUGGCCGCAUUCUUUGAGAGUGAUGAGUUGCGCAUGAAACGCUCCCCAGAGAAUUCAGCGGUCGUGGAAAAUGAUGGUAGCGAUUAUAGUAAUAACGCUGGUGAUCAUGUUGACGAAAGUGUUGCACCGGUAGCGGAACCUCCACUGCUACAAUGGGAGAUGCUGCGACGGCUACACGUUUGCACGCUGGAAAAACAGUUGACCAAAGAGGGUCCCGAGUUGGCCCUCCCUACACUAAUUAAUCUCUUCAUUAGUAGUGCAUUCCUUGAAGUUCACAGCGAACUACUUACAGCCAUUCUAUCGGCGUUGAAAGCCUCUUUGCCUUCAUCAUCAGGGCAAUCGCGUUACAUGACACCGCUACUGGCAAGCAGUCUUGCCGUUGGUCUUUAUCGCGUUGAAAAAAUAAUGGAACAGCCGGGGUCUGACUCAUCAGUCGCUUCCCGCGUGAGGAAAGAUGUGGGAGCGAUUGAAAGGAUUAUUGUGCCGCUCCUUCAAUAUGAAUCCCUUCGUGAUUAUGGUUGUGCGAGGUGCGUAAUGAGGCUACUCUGCGAUUGUAAUCACUGGUGCGAGGAACGAGGACUGAAAGAGGGCUGCUUAAAGGUAUUACAUGACCAUGCAAUGGAUGGAUUCACCAAAGCCCACCUUGAGAAAUUGCUGGGGCAAAGUAGUAGCGGACUACUGGAACUCCCAGAAGAUGUUAGGGAUGUCAUAUCUCACUGCAUCGCGGAUUUGCCUAGUCGGUAA